AUGAAAGAGGCUCUUCGCAUUCUUGGACACGAACAAGUCCACCAUGCAUAUGAGCUUUACAGCCAUCCCGAGCAAUGUCGACAAUGGCUUGCUGCUUGGGAUGCAAAGGCAAAGGGCCUCGGUGAGACACUGGAUCGCCAUUACUGGGACAAGAUCCUAGCAGGAUACACCGCUGUGACGGAUAUGCCAGCUGUUUGUUUUGCAAAGGAGCUCAUUGACGCCUAUCCAGAAGCAAAGGUUGUCCUUGUUCAACGGGAUGAGAAAGCCUGGCUUCGCAGCUUCAAAACAGCGGUGAUAGAUACCUAUUUCGACAACUCACUCAUCACGGCUUCGAUAUCCCUCUUCGAUCGCGAGCUAAUGCGACCGCUCCAUUUCCUAUGGAGUCGCCUUUUGGCCUCAAAAGACGGCUUUUUAGAAGGCACGACAAAGGAGCAGGUAGAGGAAAAUGCUCUCAAGAUCUAUAGAAAGCACAAUGCCCUGGUUAUAUCUCACACUCCUACGAAGAACUUGCUUCUCUUCAACCUUAAAGACGGCUGGGAGCCUCUUUGUGCAUUUCUUGGCACAGAAAUACCGAAGGUUCCAUUUCCAAAUGUCAACGAGGGUGAUGCUGUCAAAGAUAUUGUUGCAGCCUUCACCAAAAAAAGCAUGAUUCGCGCGGCCCGAAAUCUUGCUAUCAUCUGUGUCAGCUGUGCGACAGCAUAUUAUCUGUGGGCUUGA